UGAGGUGGCAGAUGGUAGCGAGCGGCGCGAGUGGAGGCCAAGUCGGAGCCCGAGCAUAAUGAUGAAUGGAACAGGGGGACGCCCGCGCAUUGACAGUCGCGAGCGGGUUCUCAAGUUAGGCGAGAGUUUCGAGAAGUAUCCGCGCUGCGCCUUCCACACUGUGCGCUAUGACUUCAAACCUGCUUCUAUUGACACUUCUUGUGAAGGAGAGCUUGAGGUCGGCAAAGGUGAACAGGUGACAAUAACUCUGCCAAAUAUAGAAGGUUCAACUCCACCAGUAACUGUUUUCAAAGGUUCAAAGAAACCUUACUUAAAAGAAUGUAUUUUGAUUAUUAACCAUGAUACUGGAGAAUGUCGACUAGAAAAACUCAACAGCAACAUCACUGUAAAAAAAACAAGAUUUGAAGGAAGCAGCAAAAUUCAAUAUCGUAUAGAGCAACAGCAGCAACAAAUGCGGAAUUCAACUAGGACUCCCAAUCUUGUAAAACAUUCUCCAUCUGAAGACAAGAUGUCCCCAGCAUCUCUGAUGGAUGAUAUUGAGAGAGAACUGAAGGCAGAAGCUAGUCUAAUGGACCAGAUGAGUAGUUGUGAUAGUUCAUCAGAUUCCAAAAGUUCAUCAUCUUCAAGCAGUGAGGAUAGUUCCAGUGACUCAGAAGAUGAAGAGUGCAAAUCUUCUCCUUCUGAUCCAGGGAAUUAUGUCUCAGGUCAUCCUACCAUGUCUGCCAUGCCACAGUGCAAGAUUCCUGAUAUACAUGCUGGUCAUAAUAGAUACGACAACAGUGGCCUUCUGAUGAAUACUCUAAGAAAUGAUUUGCAGCUGAGUGAAUCAGGAAGUGACAGUGAUGACUGAAGAAACGUUCAGCUAUAAAUAUAAAAUUCACAAGGCGUGAUUAUUUUUUAUUAAGAAUAAAUAUCCUAAGAUUGAGGAAAGUGUAUGUUAACUUUUGAUGAUAAAAGAAAUUAAAUUAGAUUCAGAAUUUUGAGUUGAUGUUACAUUUUUGACCUUUUAUGAGUACCAGCAUUUUCAUGUGUUUUUCAUUUAAUUUUAACAAAACUUUUUUGAAGUUUUACAGAUAAGAAAACAGACUCAGAGGUUAGGUGACUUGCCCACACACUGCUAGUUAACAAGUGGCAGAUCAGAUGUUCAAGCUCAGUGCUCUGUUUUCCUACCCUGCUGUCUCCAAUUGUGAAAUGUCAAAACUGUUGAUUUAUAAUAAAUGUCCAUGG